AUGAAAUUUGGAUCCCAAAUACAGAAUCGGUCUGUGCCGGAAUGGAGACUGAACAAUAUCGACUACAAGAUGCUGAAGGAUGCAGUGAAAAAGGUCACGACCUUUAAGCCUGAUAAAGUGGUCGGCUCGAGCGUGGAGACGGACAAAGAGCUGCGGGGACUCCAAACAGCUUUUCGAGAACAGUUCCGCAGUGUCAAUGCUUUCGUGAGUCUCAAGAUCAAGGAGGCGUCUACCAGGCUGGUCUCAGUGGAGUCGUCGAUCUUCAAGCUGCAGCGUCGUCCGGCUGGUCCGGCAAAAAGAAACCGGCGCAAGCUUGAACUCAUUCGUUUGCACCUCGACCACUGCAAUGUGGAGCUGCUACGGAUAUGCCGCUUUCUCAUUCUGCAAAAGAUCGCUCUACGCAAGCUGCUCAAGAAAUUCAUCAAGUACUACCCCUACGGACAGCCCAUGGCAGAAGAAUUCGUGAGAACCUUAAAAGGUUGUUCCGAACUCACUGAAGGUGAGGACGGUAUCUCAUUCACAAAAGUGGACUUGGACAGCUAUUUACUCGAAAUAUCACUGAUACUGGACGUCCUCCAAGAUCUGGAACAGUCUUACAAAAAGUCUGAAAACAAUAACCAUGAACCAGAAGCUCUCAGUGAACGGAGCCCCAGUCCAAGUUCUAUCGCACCGAAAGUGAGCGCACAGGCUAGUUUCGAUGCUGCUUUCCUGGGGAAAGCUUCCAGAUUACAAUCGUUUUUAGUGGCCGAAGAAAGCGUUUCACAGAUGAAAUUUUUGCUUUUGCAACUGGGAUUCCACGUUGUAGACGACGAUAUGGUCACUGCUUCACAACAAAGCAUUGAAAACACAAGUACCUCGAACCUGACAAAUCUUGCCUACACGGGGAAGUCGCCACGCUCAUUCCAAGACCUACACUCAGCUUUGGAACAAGAACACGUACCCAAUCCACUUCAUGCCUUAUCUGAAAUAAGGAGCUCCCAACGCGUUUCUGUCACUUUAUUCGAUUCGAACCCAGUACCAAAAUUUUUAGACAACGAAGCCGAAAACCAAUAUCCAAAUCUGGCCAUCAAGAGUCUAGACGCCGAUAACUGUGUUGUGAUGUGUCAUGUUGGGGGACUCAGAAACCACGUUACAGCAGACAACCUACCCUACCACCUAUUUCAGAGCGCAAUUUCAAACGAAGAAGCUACUGACACUAAAAACUAUUCAGGCUCGCUCACUCCUAUGAACAAACUGUGUUUGGAGUGGUUGAAAUCGCACUCUAUGGAGAUUUGUGAUCCCGAAAUCAAGACAAAAAGAACUAGGUUUUCAAAAACGGCCAAGGAAGGGAAUGGCUUUGAGUAUUUUGCGUGCGUAGACGAGGAGAUUGUCCUAAAUGGGUCCACAAAAGUACCGCAUGCUUUACUUGAGAUUAGACGGCAAUCGUCUCAAUUUGAAGGUAUCAGUAAAAGCACAAAGGAUGACGAGUUUAUUGUCGCCUUGAUCGAAAAGUUACUUGAAUUCAAAUUGAUGUGUUGUCCAUUGGCAAAAGAGUUGACGUUAUGGAAACUUCUCUAUCUUAUUCGGGAUGCCACACCUGUGGAACCAAUGCUGGUGUCAACAAUAUAUCCGACUCUAGCUCUGAACACAAGUGAUUCAAUGUUUGCUACGGGUGCCGCUGAACUCUCGAAGAUUGUGUCAGAUAAAAACCACAAACGAAGUCGCCUCAAUACGAAAAGGUCGCUUUCAUCGAAGAAGAGCUGUUCUUCAUCGCCAAAAUUAGAACCGCAAAGGGUGAGAUACUGGAAUGAAUUUGAUGACGGAGAUGAAGCAGGACAGGGAAAUGAUUCGUUCUACCUCGAUGAAGAAACGCAAGCUGGGAUUACCUAUGGUAAACCUUUCAUUGCCUUUAAUAAAAAUUUCGUCAAUGCUAUGUAUGAUCUUUCCGAAAGCCUGAAGAGUACUUUUUCAUUCUCGAAAGUUCCCGCAGAGAGGAGACCCUUGCUUGAAGCCAGUCGUCGGGGGGCCUCGCUCGAAACUAUCCCUUCGUUCAGCACGUUGAACACGUCUCAAAGCGACAGUAGAGACUUUGAGCGUUACAUGGGCUAUAUCGAGCAAGAAGAAGAUUCCGAGUAUGCUUAUGAAUAUAAACACGACUGUGUCGUUACAUUUUUCUAUCUGACUUCUUUGCUGAUAUCUUCCAUCACAUCGGGCAUCUCGUUGGGAAUUGUCGUUUCCAUUUUCCAAGAGCUCAGCGAUGACCGUGUCUUGGGUCCCAGCACUGGUGUGGCUACGAUAAUCAUUACUACAUUGCUAGUAUCGUUGCUUUUGAGCUUUACCAGUCUUCUUUUACUUUUCAGUCGCUACAAGCUGGCCCCCUGGUGGCACUACAUGAGUUGUUUUCUGAUCUUCUUGAUUGUUGCAUUUACCGUCUGCUAUGGUAUAGUAGAGAUUUUUCUCUGA